AUAUGACGUCAUUUUGUCAUUGGAUAACUGAAUGCAGAGUGUUUCGGUUCUAAAGGUCUCUUGUAAUAUUGGAAAAUAAAAGCAAGGUGUACAUUGUGAUAAGAGCAUUUGAACAAUACUAACUUAAGCGCAAAGAAAUAUAAAGUCACGACUGCAAUGACUGAAAAUGGAGUUGCCAAACAGUUCCAGCCUCAAUUUACAGUAAAGGUUAUCAGUGCUGCCAAGAAUGGGGAAGUUGUGGAGUUCUUUGUUGAAUCCACAAAGAAUGGAGAAGAGCGAGCUAAUGUAGUAAUUCGAGUUCAUGAGGAUUUUGUUUGGCUUCUACACUGCUUGCAAACUAUGGAAAAUGUUGCAAGUGUGAUUUUUCCGCCAUUACCUGAACGACCGAUAACCAGCCUACAAGCUGCGGAGAAAAAGACUAAGAAGCAAGUUGGUUCAAAAACUAGUGUUCUAGUGGGAGAUGAUUAUGAGAAUAAUUGCAGAUCUUAUGAAAAAUUUCUAAAUCUUUUGACCAACCACCCACGCCUGGGUAAUUCAGCAGUUCUUCAGAAAUUUGUUCGUGAAAAAGAGGCACCAGCACGAGUUAAAGUGCGACGUGGAAUUUUCGGAGUUCUCACUAAGGUAGUGGAUGACAUAAAAGUUUCAAACUAUAAAGACAGUGAUGAGAGCUUCCAGCAAACCAGAGUAAGCAAUACAGAGAACAUCAAGAACAUGAAGCAGGCAGCACAUGCGUUUCAGAAGAUUGUGGAUACUCAGUACAGAAUAACAAACGCCUAUGCUGAAAUCUACUCCGUUUUGCAACAGAUGUCAACAGAUUGUGCAGCCCCUGUUUUUUCUACCACGUUGCUUACACCUCUAAAUGAAGCUGUACAACACGCCAUUGAGUUACAUAACGUCAACGCCACAAACAGUCAGCGAACACUUGGUUCAACACUUCAUCUGUACGCUGGAUAUUCUCAAUCUCAACAUGAUAUGCUACAGAAGCGCGUUCAUAAAGCUAUUGAACUUGACAACUCCAAGAAAAUCUAUGAAAAAGCAAAACCUCCUAAAAAAGUACAGGCAGAAGAAGCAAUGAAGAAACUGGCAACUGAGUUGGAAGUAAUGACAUCACUGGCUAAACCAGAACUUGAGCGUUACAACAGACAGCGUGUGUUGGCAAUGCAAACUGGUCUAACUCUUCUUGCAGAUUCAGAGAUUAAAAAUUCUCGUGAUGCAGUAGCUGUCUUCACCAAAUCUUGCUCACGUGUUCAGCAAAUCUGACAGCAUUAUAUUCCUAUAUGCCCUGUUACUUCAGUUUCAUCUGUAUUCUAUUAAUUUUACUAUUUUUCGUUCAUUUAAUAUAUACCAAAUUACACCGCACUUUUCCCAGCUAACUAUUAUUGUGCAUGUAGUUGUAAUAACUCAAAUAUGACUUCAUAACUGACAAUCAGUGACCUGUAUAUGCAAUUGUAACCCAAUGUAAAAUGCAUCCAUGUUUUAGCCUUCAUUACAUAUAUAAAUAAAGUAUUACACCAAAUGCUCUGAUUUCAACCUCAUAAUUACACACCAUAUGUUAUGUUUACACUGAUUCAUAAUUCUGACAACUCAGAUUUUUCAAAGUGAUAAAUUUGCGUGCAGUUUAAUUUCAUACACCUGAACUUCGUAUAUAUUUUACCAGCGGAACGAAUGAUUGUUUUUCGUUUAAUUUUAAUAAAUAAUAACACCUCGCUGCUUGAUCUGACAACGUGCAAUAUAUCACGAUCCAUCUGUGCCUAUCGUUUGAAAUAAACCGCAUACCACUAUG